GCUUUACGUAUCUUUACGUUACGUCACGUGUUUUUGUAGGUUAUGUGUGCUUGCCUCACACUUCUCUUUUGAAUCGUAUUUUUUAAAUAAACAGACAGUGUCACAAUUGGUAAAGUUACAGUAAUAAUAAUUUGAACGAAACGAAUUGCAAGAGCCACAUUUCAAAUGGACAAAGUCCUUAAUUCCAACAUUAAAACGGCGUUUCAUCUAUUAAACGAGGGCAAAAUCGCUGCCACGGACUUGAUAAAAGCCUCCUUGGAAAAAGCCCAACGACUCAACAAAUACAACGCUUUCGUAACAAUCACUAACAAUGAGGCAAAAAAGCAAUCGGAAGAAUCUGUCUCUCGUUACGAUACUAAAAAACCUCGAUCCCAACUCGACGGAAUCCCAGUUGCUAUCAAAGACAAUUUUUGUACUUGCGGCAUUCGAACUACGUGUGGUUCGGAAAUGUUGAGAAAUUUCACCCCGACUUAUAAUUCUACAGUUUAUGAGAGAUUACGAAACUCUGGUGCUGUGCUCAUUGGAAAAACAAAUCUGGACCAAUUUGCAAUGGGCUCAGGAACUGUGGACUCCAUUUUCGGGCCGACGAAAAAUCACUGGGGGUUCACAGAGGAUCAGUUUCACAUUUCUGGGGGUAGUAGUGGGGGCAGUGCGGUUGCAGUGGCCACAGGGACGUGUUUUGCUGCUAUUGGGUCUGACACAGGCGGCUCGACGCGCAACCCAGCUUCGUAUUGCGGUCUCGUGGGUUUAAAACCCACCUAUGGGUUGGUUUCACGCCAUGGGUUGAUACCUCUAGUGAACUCAAUGGACGUACCAGGAAUUUUAACGCGAUAUGUGGACGACUGCGUCUCAGUUUUGAACGCAGUGGCUGGUUUUGACCCUAAAGAUUCAACUUCGUUGACAAAACCGUACAAAAGUAUAAAAUUACCAUCAGCCAAUAAACUAAGUAUAAAAAAUUUGAAAGUCGGUAUUCCUGACGAGUAUCACUGUGAGCAUUUAAAUAGCGAAAUUUUGCAAACUUGGAACGAAAUCGCCACAUUUCUGCACGAAAACGGGGCCACUGUUAAGCCAGUUUCAAUGCCCCACACUGAGUACAGCAUUGUGUGCUAUUCAAUACUGAACCAGUGCGAAGUUGCCAGCAAUAUGGCCAGAUACGAUGGCAUUGAAUUCGGUUUUCGUGCUAAAGAAAAUUCCUCAACGGAAAAACUGUUUGCAACUAGUCGCAGUUUGGGUUUUAACGAAGUUGUUAGGAAUCGUAUUUUAACAGGAAAUUAUUUCCUACUCACUAGAAAUUACGAUAAAUACUUCAAUCAAGCGCUGAAAGUCAGACGAUUGAUUUUGCAAGACUUUGAUAACGUUUGGGAACAAGUUCAGGUGUUACUGACACCAACCACUUUAACUACAGCGCCUUUAUACAAAGAUUUUGCACAAAAAACGAACAGGGAGCAGUGUGCUUUGCAGGAUUAUUGCACACAACCGGCGAACAUGGCCGGAAUUCCCGCAGUUACAAUUCCUGUCAAAUUAUCAAGUAAUGGAAUGCCGAUUAGCUUACAACUUAUGGGUAGAAACUUGAGUGAACCUAUGCUCCUAGCUGUAGCGAAAUUUAUAGAAAACGCGGUCCAGUUUAAACACAAAACAAUAUAAUUUAUUAGUCUUCUCCA